AUGAGGAUCCAAAUCAAGGGAGGCAUAUGGAAGAACUGCGAGGAUGAGGUGCUGAAGGCGGCCGUGAUGAAGUAUGGCCUGAACAACUGGUCCAGAGUUGCAUCCCUUUUGGUGAGGAAGUCAGCCAAGCAGUGCAAGGCCAGGUGGUAUGAGUGGUUAGACCCAUCAGUGAAAAAAACUGAAUGGAGUAAAGAAGAAGAAGAGAAACUUCUACACCUGGCCAAGCUAUUCCCAACACAAUGGAGAACAAUUGCACCCAUAGUAGGAAGAACAGCCAAGCAGUGUUUAGAUCACUAUGAGUAUCUCCUGGAUGAAGCCGAGGGGAAGGUGUACGACAAGAAUAAGAAUCCAAGACAGUUAAGACCAGGGGAAAUAGAUCCUGCACCGGAGACGAAACCUGCAAAGGCUGACCCCGUGGAUAUGGAUGAAGACGAAAAAGAAAUGUUAGCAGAAGCGAAAGCAAGACUUGCUAAUACCAAGGGGAAAAAGGCAAAAAGGAAAGCGAGAGAAAAACAGUUAGAACAAGCUAGACGGUUGGCAUUGUUACAAAAAAAAAGGGAAUUAAAAGCAGCAGGAAUUGUUUCCACCACAACGGGUUAUAAAAAAAAUGAUAAACACAGAAUAGAUCAUGUGAAGGAGAUUCUAUUCGAAAGAAAACCUGCCAAGGGAUUCUUCGAUGUCAGUGAGGAACAGUCGCUUACACACUUUGAAGAUAAAAAAGAAAAAAAAUUUAAAAGCAUAAAAUCUAUGGACGUGGAAAAUAUAAAUGACGUAGCAAUGGGUGGUCCGUACGAUGAUCCAGGGGCAGAUGCGUCGGGGAAAAAAGCAUCGUCCAAGGGAAAACGAAAUAAUGAAGAAAAGGAUCUCCUUUCAGCUAUUGAAAAUUAUGACAAGCAGUAUAACGAAUUAAGUCACCUCAGAAAAAGGGUACGCCUAAAUUUACCAGAACCCAUUUUAAACGAAAAUGAAUUGGAAGAAAUAAUUCAAAUUAAUAAAGAAGCUAGCUCGUUCAAUGAAAUUAUAAAAGAACACAAUGAAAAGAACAAUCAAAACGGAUUAGGCAUUAGCAACAUUCUUCCAAGUGUGACUAGCUCUCCUUUUAUUUUAAACGACAGGGAUAAGUUUUCAUCCAUCGGAACCAACUUUUAUAGCAAAUCGAUUGCCUUCUCAAGCAAAUUAGAUUUUGGCAUACAGCAAGCUGCACAGAGCAUUAUAGCAAGAAACAUCAACGAGCCCAUCAUUGGGGUGCGGGACUCCAUACAAAUGCAGCAGCAGGUGAAGCCGCACAUGAAGCAGCAGGCGAAGCAGCAGGAGAAGCAACACCAAGGGGACGAGGCUGAAGAAGAAUUGCGUGAAGACGACGGGGAUGACGAAGAAGAGUACUCCCCGAUGCUUCACGACGAACCGGAAAACAUUGCCCAAAAUGUACAAGCAGUGAGAGAAGAAAUAGAAAGCGGAAAAACAUUAAAUCAAAAUGAAAACGCCACCAAAGAGAGAAACCACUUAAAAGACAAAAUUAUAAAUGACAUUAGGAGCAACCAAAAAAAUGCUAGUCUGUAUGCUCACUCGUUAAUAUCUUACAAAAUUGGAAAAAAUGAAAAUUCCGUUUGCGACAGGAAUACUCUGCUCAGCGAGUUGUACGAUGAGGACUACGAAGAAAAAAUCGACAGAGCUAAGUUGCUCAUAAAAUCUUCCCUAGCACAUUUGCCAAAAGAGUCCAACGUCAUCGAAUUACAAAUUCCAGAAGACUUAAACGAACAGGAGUCGCAAAUAAAUUAUGAACAUGUUCAGGUAGAAAAGGACAUGCAAGACAUCGCAAAGGAAAAAAAAAUGGAGCAACUUAAAAAGGAACAGGAAAGGUUUAAUAGCCAAAAUAAAGUUAUUAGGUGGAAUUUGCCAAGGCCUUAUUUCCUUCCACAAAUGAACCUAACCCCAUCCAUACCUCUCCCCACCACUCCCGAGGACGCCACGUCCAAGGAGGUGGAAAAUGCCGUACGUAACGAAAUGCUCCUCUUGAUCAAAAAUGAUAUGUUUAAUUACCCAAUGAAAAAUGGCACGCCCAUUCAGAAAAGGGUCCACCUGUAUGAUGUUGACAAGACGUACAUGAGGAUGGCCCUCGAGUUUGUUCAAGACGAGUUGCAAAAAAUUACGCCCCAACAGGACAAAGGGGGGAAGCUUCACGGGGAAGAGGCAAAUGGGGUGAAAUCCUCCAACGAAGAGAACGACACCAACGAAGCCAACACGCUGCCCACCCUCCAACCACGCAAGGUAGAAGCAUGGGCCAAAAUAAACGAGCAAGUCCUCUACUGCCCAGCGAAAAAGGCCUACACUUUUAUCGAGCGCAUGAGCGAACGUGAUAUAAAGGAGAGUUACAAACACACAUGUGAAAAGCUCAACAGCUUUAUUCAAAAAAAUGUUGAGCUCUAUAAAAAAACAGAAAACAAAUACGACAUAUAUACAAAGGGUUAUGAGCAAAAAAUUAAGGGUUAUAAAAAGUCCUUCGAUUCACAAUUCAACACGUAUAUAAAUUAUUUGAAUGAGAAGGACGCGCUGAGCGCUCUGCAUGAGCGCGAGAAAGUGCAUGCCCGUGAACGCAUUCGGCAGGAACGAGAAGAAAAUAAAAAGGAAAUUGAGUACCACAAGUCGCUCCAGCGGCUGUACGUCGAGCUGCUUGAGGACAACAAGCGUUUGCGGCAUGGCGACCCACAACCGGACCAAGCGGGACCAAAUGGGACCACACCGGACCAAGCGGGACCAAACGGGACCAAACCGGAACAAAGCGCAGUGGCCCCCAGAGCCAACCGCUUCUUCCCUUUUUUUUUUUGUACAAUUUGA